AAUUCUUCUCCUCCUCCUCCUCCUCCUCCUCCUCCUCAUGGACUCCGCCGGCAUCACCCGCAUUCGAGCAUUGUCGUCCCCUGAAUUAGUCGAGGGCUCCACAAGUCCACGACAACCCCAUGUUGAUCAAAACUUCAUUGGAGUAUCUACGAAUGUGAGGAGUUUGUUGAAAUUAAUCCACGAGUACAAAGAGGCUUCCACGAAAGGAAAUAAUGGGAGUAGAGAUCAAAGGAUAUCUGAAAUGAUGCUUAUACUUGAUGAAGUCAAAUCCCAAAUCCAAAGAGCACAAGUUCUUGGUAAGCGAAGGGAAGCCGGGCUUCGAAGGUGCAACACGGAUCUUAGGCGAAACGUUCCGAGGGACAAAAAACCGUCGAACGAACCGAUAACCGAUGAGAAGGAGAAGUUGAGGAGAGAGCUGAAUGCAAGCAUAGCAGCUCGGAAAAGCCUCGAGAGCAUAUGCUCAAGCAUCGGAAAGGAGAAGGAGAUCAUCGCGAAGGAGCUAGCGAGGACGGUUCAACAAUUGCAUGGAAUGGAAGAACAUGUGAAUGAUCUCAAAGCACAAAAUGAAAUGCUAAUGUGCAAAGUUCAAGCUUGUGUUGCAGAGCAUAGAGGGUUAAAAAACAACAAUCUACCUGAUGCCCAAGGCAGCAUUGAAGCCCUCCAAAAACGAAACAAAGCCUUGACCGAACAGCUUCUCAAGUCGCUCGACGCCUACCGAUCCUUGAAGCGAAAGCUCAAAGAAUAUCAAGAGAGAAGAAAUGGGGCUAAUGCAAGAAUGGAAGAAAUGGGACACCGAGUUCGAGUCGGACUCGAUAGGAUUCAUAGUUUCAAAGAAAUGAUCAUACAAAGCGACGACGACAAUCAAAUCGACAUUGAGCAUGAGAUCUCUGAAUUGGAACAUAUGUUCAAAUGCUUCGACUCCGAGAUAUCCAAACACGUCAAGAUCAAGAAACACGAGCGCGUCAAUACCGAUUAGUCACCGCUUCCUGCUCG